AUGAUGACAAAGCCUUAUGGGAAGUCAGGGGACGUUGCUGAACUGGUGAACUCUUUGGGUUGGAUGGAUGAAGACCUGAGCUCACAGGAUGGAGAGGGAACUCCAGAGAUGCGCUGCUAUGGGUUGGCCAGGACUGGCCGCGGUUGUGGGGAACUGGGUAGUGAGGACCUGGAGGAGGAAGAUGAAGAUGGUGUAGAAGGAGGAGACAAGACUCCCAAGCGUAGAGGACCUAAGAAGAAGAAGAUGACCAAAGCCAGACAAGAGCGAUUCCGUGCCAGGCGGGUGAAGGCCAAUGCCCGAGAACGAUCACGCAUGCAUGGUCUGAAUGAUGCCCUGGACAAUUUGCGGCGGGUAAUGCCCUGCUACUCCAAGACCCAAAAGCUUUCCAAGAUUGAGACCCUGCGGCUGGCUCGCAACUAUAUCUGGGCUUUAUCAGAGGUGCUGGAGAGCGGCCAGUUGCCUGAGAGCCGUGGCUUUGUGGAAAUGCUGUGCAAGGGUUUGUCACAGCCAACCAGCAACCUGGUAGCUGGUUGUCUGCAGCUGGGGCCGACCCCCAUGCUGAUGGAGAAGCUGGAUGAGAAAUGUGGAGGACCUGGGAUGGGUGGCAUGGUGGCGGCAGGUCAACAAGGACACCCUUUCAGUUACUCAUCUCCAGGCCUUCCCAGUCCACCUUAUGGCUCCGUGGAGGCCUCCCAGCUCCUGCACUUGAAGGGCUUUAAGGGAGUGGCCUAUGAAAACUCAUCCCAAAAUGAUUGCAGUGGUGGCACUCCACCCUACGAUGGGCCGCUUACUCCUCCACUCAGUAUCAAUGGCAACUUUGCCCUAAAGCAAGAACCGUCACCUCAUGAGACGGAGAGGAACUUCACAGUGCGCUCCGUCCAAGCUGCCCACUACCUCUCUUCACACCACUACCCACCCUCCACCAUGGCAGGUCUUCCUGGACCCCAGGGCCAUGCCCUCUUUCAAGCAUCCCGAUAUGAGCUGCCACUGGACGUGGCCUUCGAAUCUUUUUCCUCCUCCCACAUGAUCACACCACAGAUGGCCAGCCUUUACAACGACUGA